AUGAUUGAAAAAACUCGUGUUGAAUAUUGGUCAUCAAUAAUUCAAAUAUUAAUUGAUUUAUCAAAUUUAAUUGAACAACUAAUUAUUUAUUUUAUUGUAAAACAAGAAUCAAAUAAUAAUAAUAAUAAUAAAUAUGAAGAACGUUUAUUUUUUUUUGUUCUUUUAAUAAUUGGUCUACUUUCGAAUCUUCCAUCAGCUAGUUCUAAUCUUUAUAUUCGUACAAUUGGUUCAAUAUCAAUUGAAUUUGGUGAACUUUUAUCAUAUUUAGUUUUUUUAAAAAAUUCUAAAAGUCUUAUUAUUGUAUCAUUUAUAUCAUUUAGUAUUGAAGUUUUAUUACAUUCUAUAAAUAUAUUUAUUGAAUAUAAAUCAAAUGAAAUAAAAAAUAAUGUUUUUAUUUUUGGAAAAACAACUUAUCAUAGAAUAAAAUAUGUUCUUAUACGUUCAAUUAGUUAUUCAAUAUUUAAUGCAACAUCAAUAUUAUUUUUAUUUCUCGAUGAUAAAUCAAGAUUUCAUUAUAAAUAUUAUGAAAUAUUAAUAUUAUUAACAUUUUAUUUUCCAAGUAUUGCAUUAGGACCAGCAUUAGAAUCCAUAAGUAAAUAUAAAUAUGAAUAUGAUCAAGGUCAAAUUCCACAAGUAACUAUUUUUCUUGUUUGGAGUUUAAUAUGUGCUACACUUUAUUUUAUAAUGUAUUCUAUACCUCUUUCAAUAACGGGUAUCAUUUUUUCUAUACAACAAUUACGAGAAUUAAAUUAUCCAUAUUAUAAAUAUGAUUUUAUUGUUUAUAUAUCAUCAUUUUGUUUUUUUUCAAUUGCUAUUAUUAUUUUUCCUCCUUUUAUGUUUUGGUGGUGGAAAUUUACAUUUCAAAGAUUUAAAAAAAUGCGUAUUGAUGCUAAAAGACGAUUAAAACAAUUAAAUCAACAAGAUUCUCUAUAUUAUUUUCUUUAA